AUGACACCCUCGACGCAUUUCAAGCUUAACACCGGCGCCCAGAUCCCCGCCGUUGGACUUGGCACUUGGAGAUCUGAACCUGGUCAGGUACGCCAAGCAGUCUCGUUCGCCCUCAAGAACGGAUAUAGUCACAUUGACGCAGCCCUAUAUCUAGGAAACGAGCAUGAAGUCGGCCAGGGUAUCAAGGAUAGUGGUGUGCCUCGUGAAAGCAUCUUCAUCACCAGCAAGCUAUGGAACACUCACCAGUCUCAUGUUGCGGAAGGUCUCCAAAAGACACUUGACACUUUAGGCACAGACUACCUCGAUCUCUACGUAUCAAUCCUCUUCUCCCUUGGACACAUGCGACAUCAGCUUAUCCACUGGCCAGUCCGACUUGUUCCUAACGAGUCGAGCGCACUUCUACCUGUCAAUCCCGAUGGCACACGAUCUGUCGACCGAUCCUGGGACCAGAAUGAGACCUGGCGCCAGAUGGAGGAGGUAUACAAGGCCGGCAAAGUGAAGGCGAUUGGCGUGGCCAACUGGUCAAUUCCCUAUCUAGAGGAGCUCAAAAAGAAGUGGACUGUGGUCCCGGCUGUCAAUCAAGUCGAAUUACAUCCUUUCCUUCCUCAGCACGCACUGAAGGAGUGGUGCGACAAGCAUGAUAUUCUCCUCGAGGCGUACUCACCACUUGGCUCCGAAGGCGCUCCGCUCAUGUCCGAAUCCGCAAUCCAGGAUAUCGCUAAGAAGAAUGAUGUUUCACCCGCCGCGGUACUCAUUAGCUACCACGUCAACAGGGGCGUUGUUGUACUGCCAAAGUCGAUUAAAGAAAGCCGAAUCGUGAGCAACAGUCAGAUUGUUUCUCUUUCCUGCGAAGAUAUGGAUGUUCUCAAUGGUCUGGCUGCACAAGGAAAGGCGAAGCGUAUCAAUACGCCUCUGUUUGGAUGGGAUCUCGGUUUCGAUGACUGGUACAAGCAGUGA